AAUAGGAAAGUCGGCGCGGCUUCGGGACCUGCUUCUGGAGACCCAGUUUUGGCUCGAAUUGGCUCAGGUCUUUUGUGGGUCUUUUGUGGGUAGGUGGCGGGGCUCAGGCCUCCUGGAGAAGGUGAGGGAGGUGGGAACUCACCAGGGCUCCCCGAUCCGCCUGUGGCGAUAAGGAAAAGUGGGUUUCCGGGCGGGACUUAUUUUCGGGAACGAGGUCUGAAAUGCACGGCUUGUUGUUUGCACGUCGGGGUGGGCGGCGGUGAGGCUGAAAGGUUCCGGGUUUCAGCGAACGAGAGUUCUGUGGCCCUCCUGGUAAGGUUUUAGGUUUUUGGGAUGGUUUUAGCGUUACAGAAAACUGGUGGAGCCUGCAGUCUUACCGGACAUUGCUUUACAGAAGAGGACACCAAGACCCAGAGAGUGCAGGUCAUAGAGCUGUGUGAGUGUCUUGUGCAGUUACACUACUGACAAGUCCCUCGGAGAUAAAGAUGUCUUUCCUGGAAUCUUGCAUCUUAACGGUGGUUAAGUCCAGGUGGCUUGAUCUGCCUUGGAGUAUCUAGAGUUAAAACAUUUUCUUCCAAAAUGAUAGAGGACGAACUUGCACUGUUUGAUAAAAGCAUAAAUGAAUUUUGGAAUAAAUUCAAAAGCACUGUCAGUGACACUUCCUGUGGGAUGGUGGGGCUAAGAGACACCUACAAAGACUCCAUCAAAGCAUGUGGAGAAAAGCUGUCCGUGAAAUUAAAGGAAGAAGAACGAAUGGUUGAGAUGUUUCUGGAAUAUCAAAAUCAGAUCUGUAGGCAGAAUAACCUCAUUCAAGAAAAAAAAGAUAACUUGUUAAGGUUGAUUGCUGAAAUAAAAGACAAAAAGCAGGAGCUGGAAGUACUGACUGCAAAUAUUCAGGAUCUUAAGGAAGAAUACGCUAAGAAGAAGGAAACUAUUUCUGCUGCUAACAGAGCUAAUGAAGAGAGGUUGAAAAGACUACAGAAAUCUGCAGACUUAUAUAAAGAUCGACUUGGACUAGAAAUUCGAAAAAUUUAUGGUGAUAAAUUACAGUUUAUAUUCACUAAUAUUGACCCUAAGCAUCCUGAGAACCCAUUUAUGUUUUCCCUCCACCUAAAUGAAGCCAAGGAAUAUGAAGUGUCAGAUAGUGCUCCUCAUCUUGAGUGCCUGGCAGAAUUUCAAGAGAAUGUAAGGAAGACCAACAAUUUCUCGGCCUUUCUUGCCAAUGUUCGGAAAGCUUUUACUGCUAUGGUUUAUAAUUAACGUAUGAAUAGUAUAUAAAAAUUGUUCAUUUUUCUUCCCUAUUGUGUAUCUCUCUCUCUUUUUUUUUAUCAUCGUGUAUCUCUUUUAAAAAGAAUUCUCAUUAUCCAUUGUUUGCCUAUAAUUUUUUUGUAUUUCUGUAACAUUUCUGUGUGGUGUAUUUCUUUAAAUUAUUUUAAUUAAAAUCUUAAGAAAUAAAAUUUA